AAACGGCCUACGAGUAAAUUCUCAAGCAUGUCACUACGAGUAUAUGACCUGGUUGUCUUUGGUGCCACAGGAUACACCGGAAAGCUGACGGCUGAAUACAUUGCCACCAAGCUGCCUACUGAUCUGAAAUGGGCGCUCGCAGGGCGUUCUAGGAGCAAGCUAGAGGCUGUUGCAGCAGAAUGUAAAGCACUGAAUGCUGAUAGGAUUCAGCCAGCUAUUGAAAUUGCUACUCUGAAUGAUGAGGAGUUGAGCUCUCUGGCACAAAAGACAACUGUUCUCAUUGCCACUGUUGGCCCAUACGCAGUCCACGGAGAAUAUGCCGUUAAAGCAUGUGCUGAAAAUGGCACUCACUACUUCGAUGUCACCGGAGAGGUUGCUUGGGUUGCGAACAUGAUCAAGAAAUAUGAAAAAACUGCAAAAUCUACCGGCGCUAUUAUCAUCCCACAAAUCGGAAUCGAAUCUGCACCAGCGGAUCUAGUAACUUGGACCUUAGCAAGCAUGAUCCGCGAAAAGUUCUCGGUGCCAACAGCAGAAGUCAUUGUUUCCGUCCAUGAAAUCAAGGGCAAACCAUCAGGCGGGACUCUAUCUACAGUCUUCGGCCUCCUAGACGCCUACAGCCUCAAGGAAAUAGCUGCAACUAGUGCACCUUACGCACUCUCGCCCAUCCCUGGCCCCAAAACUAAAUCACCAACAUCCUGGGUAACAAAGGUCCUAGGCAUCAGAGAAGUCUCUGACCUAGGCAUCCUCACCAGCUACCUUGGCGCAGCAGCCGACCGGCCCCUUGUGCACCGAACCUGGGGUCUCCUCGGUGGCCCUUCAUUCUACGGCCCCAACUUCCGCUUCAGCGAGUACAUGAAAGCCCAAAACUAUCUCCUCGCCAUAUUUAUACAUUUCGGUCUCGCCGUCGCUUCUUGCUUCGUUGUGAUCCCCUGGGUCAGGACGUUGGCUAAGAAGUAUGUCACGCAGCCAGGUGAUGGACCGACGAAGGAGCAGUCGAGGGAUGAUAGGGUGGAGUAUAGGGGCAUUGGAAAUCAGGAUGUUCAGACGCCGAAGCCUGCGAGGGCGUUUUGUAGGGCGCAUUAUGAGGGGUCUUUGUAUCAGUUAACUGGAUUACUGUUGGCUGAAUCUGCAAUUUCGAUACUGAAGGACGAGCAUAACUUGAGCGGGGGUAUUUAUACGCCAGCUUGUCUUGGACAGAAGUUCAUUGAUCGGCUUGAUGCUGGUGGGUUUAAAUUUGAGAAGAAGAUCUUUGAGAAUUGA